AGGGCGGGCGGGAGGCGGCGGCGGCAGCAGCAGUAAUAGCAGGAGCAGCAACAGAAGGCGUCGGAGCGGGCGUCGGAGCUGCCCGCUGGGGGAGAGAGAGAGGAGAGAGAAGAGAGCGAACGAGCAGAGGAGCCCGAGGCAAAAAAGUAACUGUCAAAUGCGCGGCUCCUUUAACCGGAGCGCUCAGUCCGGCUCCGAGAGUCAUGGCGACCGCAGCGUCUAACCACUACAGCCUGCUCACCUCCAGCGCCUCCAUCGUGCACGCCGAGCCGCCGGGCGGCAUGCAGCAGGGCGCGGGGGGCUACCGCGAGGCUCAGAGCCUGGUGCAGGGCGACUACGGCGCGCUGCAGAGCAACGGGCACCCGCUCAGCCACGCUCACCAGUGGAUCACCGCGCUGUCCCACGGCGGCGGCGGCGGGGGCGGUGGCGGCGGCGGCGGGGGCGGGGGCGGCGGCGGGGGCGGCGGCGACGGCUCCCCAUGGUCCACCAGCCCCCUGGGCCAGCCGGACAUCAAGCCUUCGGUGGUGGUACAGCAGGGCGGCCGCGGCGACGAGCUGCACGGGCCAGGCGCCCUGCAGCAGCAGCACCAGCAGCAGCAACAGCAGCAGCAACAGCAGCAGCAGCAACAACAACAGCAGCAGCAACAGCAGCGGCCGCCGCAUCUGGUGCACCACGCCGCCAACCACCACCCGGGGCCCGGGGCAUGGCGGAGCGCCGCGGCUGCAGCGCACCUCCCGCCCUCCAUGGGAGCGUCCAACGGCGGUUUGCUCUACUCGCAGCCCAGCUUCACGGUGAACGGCAUGCUGGGCGCCGGCGGGCAGCCGGCGGGGCUGCACCACCACGGCCUGCGGGACGCGCACGACGAGCCGCACCACGCCGACCACCACCCUCACCCGCACUCGCACCCGCAUCAGCAGCCGCCGCCGCCGCCGCCCCCGCAGGGCCCGCCGGGCCACCCCGGCGCGCACCACGACCCGCACUCGGACGAGGACACGCCGACCUCGGAUGACCUGGAGCAGUUCGCCAAGCAGUUCAAGCAGCGCCGGAUCAAACUGGGAUUUACCCAAGCGGACGUGGGGCUGGCGCUGGGCACCCUGUACGGCAACGUGUUCUCGCAGACCACCAUCUGCAGGUUUGAGGCCCUGCAGCUGAGCUUCAAGAACAUGUGCAAGCUGAAGCCUUUGUUGAACAAGUGGUUGGAGGAGGCGGACUCGUCCUCGGGCAGCCCCACGAGCAUAGACAAGAUCGCAGCGCAGGGGCGCAAGAGGAAAAAGCGGACCUCCAUCGAGGUGAGCGUCAAGGGGGCUCUGGAGAGCCAUUUCCUCAAAUGCCCCAAGCCCUCGGCCCAGGAGAUCACCUCCCUCGCGGACAGCUUACAGCUGGAGAAGGAGGUGGUGAGAGUUUGGUUUUGUAACAGGAGACAGAAAGAGAAAAGGAUGACCCCUCCCGGAGGGACUCUGCCGGGCGCCGAGGAUGUGUACGGGGGGAGUAGGGACACGCCACCACACCACGGGGUGCAGACGCCCGUCCAGUGAACUCGAGCGGGGGGGAGGGGCAGAGCGCGGGGGCUCCCCCUCCCCUACGGUCCACGGCCCUUUCCCGGCCCCUUGUUCCCUCUCUAACUUCUGAUUGUUCUUUUUAUUUUAAUUAUUAUUUCCCCGUCCCUUAAAAAGAAAAAAAUAAUAAGGAAAGCAACUAAGGCACUGGACUAUCCUUUAAACGGUAGCAGGUGUAAUGAUGUGUUUUGACCUUUACAGGCUAGUACCCAGGCAAUGGAGUGGAGUGUCUCAUAGAGAGAGUGAGGAGAGAGUGUGUAAUAGAGAGAGAGAGAGAGAGAGAGAGAGAGAGAGAAGGAGAGAUGGCAAGCACUGAGUUAAAUACCUGGCAAAACUAAAUAAAUUACCAAAAAGAAAAAAAAAAUCCACCAAACCGUGAUAAACACAAAACAGCUUCCUGAUGCUCGGAGUUGGCACAUGCUCUGCUGUGUUGAUUUAAUGUGGAUCCUCAUCAGGAAGGAGGAAAAAAUACACAUGUUCUUUGAUGUAGUCAAAAUUUAACCGCAUAAAUUUGCACUGCAAGAAAAUUGAAGUUUACACCAACAAAUUCAUUGAACGUAUUUUUCUUUCUCCCACGGUUAAUUUUGAAAUUGCCGGGUUUGUUUUGUUUUGUUUUGUUUUGUUGUUUUAUUCAGCAGGGAGAGUUGAAGCCAGCUCUUGGCUACUCUCCAUUUCUAACGUUCUUGUGUUGCCCCUUGUUCUUCUUCCUGUUUGUGAACUUUGGUUACCUUCAGGCUCCCCCCAACAUUGGUGUAACAUUAGUUGCUUCUUUUACCAAAGCAAAAAACGAUUGGCUUCAUACAAAAUAAAUAAUUCUCUGCUUUCAGGAAACGUGCAUGGUCUACCCGCUUUAUCCAAGGCAAGAGUCCAGUUUGGAAUACAAAAAUGAGUCAAGCAUUGGUUUUUUUGUGACCAGCCACAAAGUAAACUUCAUUUUCAGGCAGUGUUUCUGGGGGAGGUUGUGGAGGGGAGAAAAAGAAAAAUCGAUAGUGAGUGACUGAUUGCUUCAUUUUAUCAGGCGGGCCCAUUGUGAAAGAGCUCAGAGGAAAUGUGGAGGUUAUAAAUGUAUUUCCAGAGUCGUCCAACAGAAAGUGGCACUUUGAGAGAACUAGGGAAAUAUAUAUCUUCAGAAACCCCUGUAUAGUUCUCUGCCUUCAGUUUUAAUAACUUAAUUAUGAGGAAUUAUUUGUGCUGAGAGCAGCAGUUAAACUUUGUUCCUCUAAUAGCUUUUUUUUUUUAACAUAAAGAAAAUAAUCUGGG